UAUGACCCCUUUCCAUGAGACGCUGAACCGAAGAUUUUUAUUGUGGUUUGGCCAAAAUAAAGAAGAAUGGGUGAUGCAGAUGCUGAGGAGAGAGAACAUUUCCAAAGAAUUGUCCAUGCUUUUAAAAACUACAAAGGUUAUGCCCUUAAGAAGGUGAAGGAGAGGGAGAGCUACUUAAAGGAACUUCCCCCUAGACAUCAGUCAUUGCUGGAGUCCUACAAGCGUCACCUGGAGGAGCAGAGGACUUGCAUAGAACACAAUGCCGAGAUCAUCAAGCUUAUCAUUAAGGAUGUGGAAUGCAUGUUCGAAAAUGUGAAGCAUGAUUCUGCAGAAGUAAAUGGAACACAAGUUAGCAGUGCCCUCAUUCAAGACAUGGAGAAGGUCAUGACCACUCUUAGGCAGAUUGUGCGAGAUUGGUCUGCCUCAGGAGAAUACGAGAGAAGUCAGUGCUAUGGACCAAUUAUCUCACACAUUGAGCACCUGUUCCCUAGGGAGUCUGUGUGUACACAGGACAUCAACAUUUUAGUACCAGGAGCUGGCCUGGGCAGGCUAGCAUAUGAGUUGGCAAAACGAGGUUACUCCUGCCAGGGAAAUGAGUUCAGUCUGUUUAUGCUCUUUGCUUCAAAUUUUGUUUUAAACAAAGUGAGAGGGCUCAACAGUUUACGUGUUUAUCCCUGGGUACAUUCUGGCAGCAACACCCUUAACAACGUAGACCAGCUUCGUGCUGCAACAUUCCCAGAUGUAGAUCCUUCAGACAUACCACCACAAUCACAAUUUACUAUGGCAGCUGGAGAUUUUCUUGAAAUUUACACGGAUGAGGCCACCUGGGAUUGUGUAGCAACCUGCUUUUUCAUUGACUGUGCCAACAAUAUUGUGGACUUUAUUGAGACCAUAUUUAAGAUUCUUAAGCCAGGAGGCUACUGGGUAAACCUUGGACCUUUGCUGUACCAUUUUGCCGACCAACCAGGAGAACGCUCUAUUGAACCCAGCUAUGAAGAGGUCAAAAACAUUCUAACAGGGGUUGGGUUUAAAAUUACUGUUGAAGAAACUGGGAUGCAUACAGCUUACACCCAAAAUGUUCGGUCAAUGCUGAAGUAUGAAUAUGAUAGUGUCUUCUUUGUUGCCAUGAAACCUUAACACUGGCACUGUAGCAAAAGAUGAAACAGCUAUCAGUUAUCUUGACAUAAUUUCAAAGAUGAUAGGAUAAAUGCAUCUUGAUUUUUUCUCCACUUUUAAUAUAUAUUGACAUACAUAAAAAUCCCAUUGAUAUGAAGAGGAUGGCAAGCAAAACUUUUUAUCUUAAUGUGAUAUGGAAAUUUUAAAGUAAAUUUGCUACUGUCUAGGUUUUAUAAAGGUAGCUUAGAUAAUCAAUAUCUGAUAAUGAUGAGGUAAAGAGAUAAUGUACUUUACUACACUUUCAUUGAGCCUUGUUUAGCUAGAAAUAGGUAAACUUGCAGAGAAAAAAAAACAUAUUUUAGGGAUUAGCAUUGGGUUGUAGAGAAUUUAAAUUAAAGAAAGUACAGUACAAGAGAAUGUAUUAUAUAGAGGAAAGCCAAGCAAAAGAUCAUAUUGGAAAUAGCUUUCCUGUCCAUGCACUUGGAACACAUUGCAGUGUAAAUGUGAAUUGCAGUACCAUAUGUCAAAAGUUUUCUUCUCUUUUUUUCUUUUAUCUUUCAUUUUUGACUCAUCUAUGAAAUUUCUUUUGCCUUGAGGAAAAUACAUUCAUUCCUCUCUUGUGUAUCCAUCUCUGCACUUUGUACACAUCACCCACUGCAGAUAUUUAGCUUUCCUGGGCAUUUCCACUAAUUAAUUGCCUUUUCUGUUAAGUCAGAUUUGGAUCACUUAAUUCCAUGUUGGUGAAUUGUAUGCAUAACGUUUUGGUAAUACAGAGCUCUGUUUGUGACUUUUCACUGUAUCUUGCUGUUUUUCUUACACUAGAUAUUUCUGUAUUUCUAUGAUUAUGGAUUUGGGAAAUGUGAAGAACAGUUCAAUUUUGGUUUGUUUUAGUUUUUUCUGUACUUCAUGUUUUGUGUGCAGUUUUGUUGUAGUUGAUUAUGACUAAAAGUAUUAGAGACAAAAAAAUCUGUUGCUUUAUAUUUGGUGUUUUGAGAAUUGGAAAAAAGGCAUUUACAUAUAAUCAUUAAAAAAGAAGAAGAAAAAACAUGACACAACAGAUCAUUUUGAGAAUCCAGGAAUCUGUCCCUUUUCUCAUCAUUAGGUAAAAGGAAAUGUACAAAGUCUGGUCAGGUUUUAUCUCCAAAAUAUUUUCCUGGGUGCAGUAAUACAGGUAUAUACUUUGGAUAAUUCCCUCAAAAGAAUAAAGAAAAGGAAAAAAA